AUGGGUUUCAAUACGCUUUCGUGCCAGCUUUUGCUAGCUGCGGCAACAGCUUCUGCCAAAUGGAUUGUACCAGGAGCGCGUUGGAGAGCUACAGACGGCACUCUUGUGAAUGCGCACGCUGGCGGCAUUACUGUUGAUCAAGAGACGGGCAAGUUCUUCUGGUUCGGCGAGUACAAGAUUGAGGGGCAGGAAGAGGGUGGUGGUGUCAGCGUGUACAGCUCCGAUGAUCUUGCGACAUGGGAGCCUCACGGGUUGGCCUUGGAGCCCAUUGAGGGCCACCCCUACAUCUCCACAGAGGACAUUAUCCAAAGGCCAAAGGUUGUGUACAGCGAAGGCACUGGCCAGUACCAUAUGUGGUGGCACGCUGAUAAUUCCACCUACGGAGAGCUUCUCCAAGGUCUCGCUGUCUCAGACAACAUCACCGGCCCAUACGAGUUCGUCGACGCCACAGCACCACUCGGCAACUGGUCGCAAGACUUUGGUCUCUUUGUAGACCAGAAAGAUGGUCGAGCAUACUCGCUGUACUCUAAUGGCGACCGCAGAGAAGGACGUGACGUAUACCUAACUUCUUUCAAUGGGAACAUCACGGCUCUUGAUGAAGUCGUCCAUCGCUUUGACAAAUACGAUUUGGAAGCACCCACAAUCGUGCAAACUGACAAGAGCUAUUUUGCGCUGAUGUCGCACAAGACGGGUUAUCGCCCAAACAACGUCGUUGCCUUCCGUGCCGACUCUCUUGCGGGCCCCUGGUCUCAACCCUUCAUCAUCGCACCAUUGAAUACCCGCACCUUCAAUUCGCAAUCGGGCCUGAACCUCCGGAUCAACGGUACCAAGAAGACGACUUACAUCUACAUGGGUGACCAAUGGGAUUCAAACAGUCUUUGGGAAAGCAGAUACAUCUGGCUGCCACUUGAGAUCGACGAAGAGAAAAAGUCCGUCGAACUCAAGUGGUACGACGUUUGGGAUCUCGAUGUCGAGACCGGAGAAGUCACCGCUAUCAACGGCACCACCUACUAUGGUAAAAACGCCACCACCACCGGUGACGCGUACCACCAAGAAGCCAAUUUCGGCAGCGACGGCGUCAUUGUAACCGGCAUCUACGGCAACGACAGCAAGGUCACCUUCUCUAACAUCGCAGGCGCAGGCAAACCCCAGUGGGUCUCUUUCUACUACCAGAACACUGACGAUAUGGGCUUUGGCGACCAGCCCGGUGGCACGCCUGAUCGUAUCAACGGAACUUGGCAGCUUCGCCGCAUCUCGAGCGUUAUCGUUAACAACAAAACGGAGGAGGUUGAGUCGCUGUACCAGAGGGAUACACACAAGGGGAUCAUUUUGAGCACACCGCUAAUGUUGAACUUGGAGGAAGGAAGCCACAAUACCAUUACUAUUGGGGGUUUGGACAAUGGAAAGGAUGUCAAGGGGGCAGACAUUGAUCGCAUUGUUGUGUAUCCGCCUGAGGAGUAG